AUGAGCGAUGAUAAUUCACUGCAGACUGGCAUGGUUACAUGCACUGCUCCUGUCAACAUUGCUGUCAUCAAAUACUGGGGCAAGAGAAAUGAAGAUCUAAUUCUACCUAUAAAUUCAUCUUUGAGCGUCACUUUGCACCAAGAUCAGCUUAAAACAACCACCACAGUUGCUAUAAGUAGAUCCUUUGAGGAGGACCGGCUGUGGCUGAAUGGAAAUGAGGAGGACAUAAGCCAUCCUAGACUGCAGUCAUGUCUUAGGGAAAUUCGACGACUGGCAAGGAAAAGACGAAAUAAUGUCAACCCUGAUUUUGAUGCAGCUGCUUUGUCUCACAAAGUACAUAUUUGCUCCAUCAAUAAUUUUCCAACAGCUGCUGGGCUUGCUUCAUCAGCUGCUGGAUAUGCAUGUUUGGUUUACACUCUGGCACGUGUGUUCGGUGUGGAAGGGGAGCUAUCUGCAAUUGCUCGACAAGGUUCUGGCAGUGCUUGUAGAAGUAUGUAUGGAGGAUUUGUACAGUGGGUCCUUGGGGAGCAAGACAACGGAAAAGACAGUUUGGCCCAGCAGGUGGUGCCAGAGUCCCACUGGCCUGAACUCAGAGUUCUUGUGCUUGUUGUAAGUGCCGAUCGGAAGCCAAUAGGUAGCACCUCAGGAAUGCAAACCAGUGUAAAAACAAGUUUAUUGUUGAAGCAUCGGGCACAGACUAUUGUUCCAAAGAGAAUGACAGAAAUGAUUGAAGCUGUUCAUCAGAAAGAUUUCUCUCACUUUGCUGAGUUGACAAUGAAAGACAGCAACCAGUUUCAUGCAACUUGUCUUGAUACGUAUCCUCCAAUAUUCUACUUAAACAGUGUCUCCCAGCAAAUUGUCAACGUAGUUCAUCGUUACAACAGUCACUAUGGGGAGACGAGGGCAGGAUACACAUUUGAUGCUGGUCCCAACGCUGUAAUCUUCAUGCUCGAGCAGCACGUUCCGGAGUUUGUUCAAGUUGUUCAACACGUCUUUCCUUCUGAGAACAAUGGUGGAAAGUUUAUAAAAGGUCUUCCAGUGGAUGACACAUUUCUCUCUGAGGAACUGAAGCAGGAUAUUGGUUUGAAUCCAAUGCCAAACAGAAUAAGUUAUAUUAUUAGCACUAAGGCUGGACCAGGCCCAUGUGUUGUAGAGGAUCCUUCACAGCACCUUCUUGACUUUGAUGGGAUGCCAAAGAAGGCUUGUUGA